UCAAUGUCGCUGAAAGUGACUUACGGGUGGCCUAAUGUGUAGCUUUGUGCUGUUCCCACUAAAGGGAUACUGUUCAACCGGCACACAUACGCCCUACUACACACGUACAAACACAUACUCCAGAUAGUAACGGCUACUGCGCGAGUCGUAAACAUGAGGAUAACAACAGCGACAUUGUUUCCAUUAUUUAUCGGCUUGUUCGGCUUGGUGGAGAACGUAAUUGGUCUCAAAGUGAAUAAGGAUCACCAGCACCAGCGACAGCUCUCAGGUGGUCCGCUCGACAGAGGUCGAGCCGGUUAUUCGUCGGUAAACGACGAUUUCGGCUACAUUUCCGAUGCCAUGCUGCCGGAUGUACAUGGCGACAGUACCAGCUUGCUCGGUGCUACUAUGUCAAAGGGCGCCACCAGUGCUGCCGGUGGUCCACCAUUCAAAUCGGAUGUCUCCACUAGCUUGCCAGCUUUCUCCGGGACCGUUACCAACGCAAAACCGAUGCACGGCGGUGCCGACGACCGGUACGAAGAAGAAGAAGAGCCGGACGAAGACGAUGGAUACGAGGAUGGGGGCGAACUAUUGGGGAACUUCGAUGAAGACAGUCGAGCUACCGAGGAUCGAGCUCCGAGUGAGAAUAAGCACGACUCGCUGGACUAUACCGACAACAUUGAGGUAGCCGCCAUCGAUCAGAUCGAGAGCUUUGGAGCGGGAAAUGACGGGACUCCGCUUCCGGUGUUUCUAGUCGAGCCAAAGAGCACUUAUGUAAUGAAAAACCGACCAGCCAAGCUGUACUGUAAGGCGUCACAUGCACUGCAGAUCUCAUUCAAGUGCAGCGGAAGUACAAAACCUCCAACGGAGAAAGAACACCACACCGAUCCGCACAGCGGCGUUCAGCUGCAAGAAGCCACGGCCACCAUCACUCGUGAGCUGGUAGACGAGUUCUUCGGCAAAGGUUCAUUCAAAUGUGAAUGCCGUGCCUACUCGUCCCGCGGCCAUGUGAAGACGCAACCGGUUACGAUCCAAGUGGCAACUAUUAAGAAACAAAUUAGCAUUUCACCAAAGAUCCUGCGCGUUGCAUCAGGCGGUCGAGCAGAACUGGAUUGUAUAGCUAAUGCAACACCUGCAGCGAAGGUCGAGUGGCGAAGAAACGGUGUCCCGGUAAAACACAAUCCGCCUUUUGUAGUACUGACCGAGAGCUCUCUACUAAUAUCUCGAGUAGACUUGCAGGACAUGGCCAAUUAUACAUGUGUAGCUGAAAAUAUUGCUGGUAAACGCGUGUCUGAACCAGCGUUAAUCGUAGUUUACGUGGAUGGAGGCUGGAGCCAAUGGAGCCCUUGGACGGAUUGCAAAUGUUCCGGUCAUCCUAAGCAAGGCAAGAAACGGACGCGUUUUUGUAAUAACCCAGCACCAAUCAACAAUGGAGCAUCAUGUCAAGGAACAAGUACAGAGUCUUCCGACGAUUGUUUACCGUGUGUUAUCGGACGAUGGUCGAGUUGGUCCGAGUGGAGUGACUGUAGCCAAGACUGCACCCAGAUUCGGCAGCGCUUCUGUAUCGGAAGCUCUUCAGCUGCUCAAAUAUCUUCAUUCGGGAGUGUUUCGGUCACCACAGCUGCCUUACCUACCAACAGUUCCACAGCUGAAGCAUUUGCUAUCGACAAUGGAACCAUCGUCAGCUGUGUCGGAAAGAGCCAACAGUCCAUCAAAUGCUCCGAUGGAAUGUGCAAUAACAAACCCCUAGAUUCUAACUGGCUCGCGUAUCUAUGUGUUUCCUUGUUUGCCGCCAUUUGUAUUGCAACAGUUUUUGGAGUCUUCAAGUUUAUGAGGAGAAAGAAAACGAUUCCUGCAUAUAGUUUGGCCCAUUCAGACCUUCAGAGCCAUUAUUUCACCUACGAAAGUAAAAAGGUAAACCAAUGCAAUCCCGAUCUGACGCAAAACACGGGACCAAUAGAUUACGAAUACCCGCUUACAGAAAUUCUGCAACGAAAUUCAUCCAAGGAUCACAAUCGUCCUCACCACAGCAUGUUGCACUUUCAGCAUGGUAGCAGUCUCGUCACUACUGAAAUGGAUGAAAUCGGAAUUCAUCCACAGAACCGUUUGCAACGAGUGCCAAACGAUGGGUUUCAACCGUUACUGCCUUUACCCCGUCCCAAUUCGGAUCAUUAUUACGAUGAGCCUUGUAUAUACAAUAAAACACAACUUCCUAACGGUUCGUAG